AUGAAGGCCAACGUUAUCGCCGCUACCAUCCUUGCCGCCUUCUCGGCUGGCGCUUUCGCUCAGGACCAGGAGGCCGAGCUCCCCACUGGCUUCCCCACCGACCUCCCCUCCGGCUUCCCUACCCAGGUUCCCGGUGCUGCUAAGCCCUCUGGCGGCUUCGGCGGUGGCUUCCCCGGCUUCGGCUCUGCUUCCCGCCCUACCCAGGUUCCCGGUGCUGCUGCCCCCUCCGGUGGCUUCGGCGGUGGCUUCCCCCACUUUGGUGGUCACUCCGGCUUCAAGACCCGCACCCGCGGCUCCUCCGAUGAGGCUGAUGGCUUCGGCGCCCAGGCUGUCGAGACCCCCUUAACCAAGGGUAAGGGCAAGGGCAAGGGCAAGGGCAAGGGCAAGAACCACGGCACCGGUGCUCUCCCCUCCGGUGUUCGCCCUACCCAGGUCCCCGGUGCUGCCUAG